AUGACAAUAACUCAAAGUCAUGAAAAUGAGGCAUUACUAGUCCUUGAAAAAGAAGCUAAAAAGCUUGAGGAAUGUCUUCCAAAGGCAGACUUCAUGGGAUGCAACAAAAAAUUUCAGCUAGUAAGAUAUCAAGAUUAUUGGCAUCUUGAUAAGCAUUACAUAAAAAAUACGUACACAUUUCAAAAACAGUUCCAAGCUCAAGAUAGCGAUUUUAUCAUAUCUAGCAUACCAAAAACCGGCACCACUUGGUUGAAAUCUCUACUCUUUGCUGUUGUCAAUCGCGUCCACUACCCUAAUACCCGUGAAAACCACCCUAUCUUGUCUGGUCACCCUCAUGAUCUUGUAUAUCGCCUAGAGAAUGGUAUCUAUGGUGAAUUCUAUGGUGAAUUUGGUAAAGAUAAUAACCUUUGUCCAUCUACUCUUGAUGACAUCCCUUCGCCAAGGCUUUUUAGUACCCACGUCCCUUACACUUCUCUUCCUGAGUCUAUCAAGAAAUCUGAGUGUCGUAUCAUAUUCAUUACUCGAAAUCCCUUGGACUCGUUGGUGUCGCAAUGGCACUUCUACACAAAGACUGCAAAAAAUCUAUAUGGGGAGGAUUUUAAACCAUAUAGUCUAGAAGACUAUUUCAAGAAUUUUAUGGAUGGGAAAAUUCUCUAUGGGCCCUUUUUCGAGCAUGCAAUUGAAUACUGGAAGCAAAGCCUAGAGAGGCCACAUAAGGUAUUAUUUCUGAAGUACGAGGAUUUGAAAGAUGAUCCAACACUUCAGUUAAAAAGGUUGGCCGAGUUUGUAGGUAUGCCAUUUUCUCCCCAAGAGGAAGGUGGAGGCGUUAUUAAGGACAUUAUAGAGCUAUGUAGCAUUAAGAAUCUCAAGGAAUUGGAUGUGAACAAAAAUGGGGUAAGUUACACUGGUUUGAAAACUAAGGACUUCUUUAGAAAAGGAGAGGUGGGUGAUUGGACCAAUUAUUUCACCCCUUUGAUGGUGGAAAAAUUGAAUGUAUUAAUGCAACAAAAACUUGAGGGAACUGGUUUAUCAUUUAAACUAGCUUAGGCCCCGUGCCAUGCACGGUAAGUGUAAUUUUUCUUAAAAAAAAAUUAUUAUGUCUAACAAAUAAAAGUGAUGCUUUAAAGUAAUUUCUUUAAUAUCAAUAAUAUGAAUCAAUUUUAUUACGGAGUAUUACUUUUUAAGCAAAAUCUAAUGUUACUCCGUCUACAAAUAUUAAAAAGGAGGUAGAUUAAUAUUUUAGGGAAGAAUUAUAAGCAACAAAUAAAAAGAAAUAUUUUUGUCAUAAAGAUAAUAUAAAAAAUUUGAAAUGAUAUUAUUA